AGUACCACUUUGACAGGAGUAAUGUUCACAAUAUUUCAUCAUAGGCAUAGAUAUUGAUUUAUUUAUUUUACAAUAACUAAUGGGCUUUUAAACGUGUAAAGUUUAAUAAGCAUUAGAAGUUUGUGAACUAUACAAACAGAACGUGUCGUUAUUUGAUAUCCAUACAGUCCAGUACAUUACAAUGCCUGCGCCUCGGGAGGAGGAUGUUAAUUUACCGAUUUAUGUUCGUGUUGUAUCAUCUAUAUUUAUUGUGUCAGCCAUAAGUGCCUUUGCAUUUACUGUGACACGGCUGCUAAAUCCGUAUUUAUUUUAUGAGAGAGAUUUGGAAGGAACAGAUUUAAUUGUGCACUAUCUGAUAUCGGGCAUGAUGGUGGUGACAAGCGUGAUUGGGGUGGUGAAUAGUGCGGUGAUGCUGGGCCGCAGCCACCAGGCUCGCGGUGUCACCGUCUGGCUGCUGCUGGAUUCUCUGUUCGAAGGCGCGCGCGUCAUCUACGCGUUCGUGAGUGCCGCCGUGCUGCACGGCACCGGUCUGCUGCUGCGCUACGAGCUUGCACUCACACUCAUCCAGUACUUGCUCGACAGCUAUGUAUAUUGUCAGAUGAUACUGAGACACUGACAGUUCGAGAGGCAGCUGCAACGUCGGCGCCAAUGCAACAUCCGUACAGUUCACUCAAAGAAACUUUUAUAACGGUUAACUCAUUAGGCUAAGCAACAAAUGAUUUAUUGUACCAAAGGAGUGGCAAACAACGGUGGAAUCGGCAAAUCUCUGGUCACAAAACCACUCUAGUAUUAUUAUGUAUUACAAUGUAUAUAUAAGAUUAACUUGUAGAUGCUGUCCCAAGGGCAGUACAUUUCUUAGUGAGAUUGAUUCGUAAAAGACAUAUGUUUUUGUUUUUAAAACAAUAUUCCAUGUUAGCUGUGAUUUUUAUCGAAUUCUAAGUUAAUUUCAAUGAAAGCUUUACCUAAUUAUUGAAGGCUUGAGAUAUUAAUUUUUCUUGGUUGAUCUGUUUUUUUUUUUUUGAAUUUAAAUGUGAUAUUGGCCACUCUAUAAGGGUAUAAAAGCAUUCCUCGCUCUAUGUUCUAUUAUUUUUAUAAUUUUUUUAAAUAUUUAAACGUAACUAUUUUAUAAUUUUUAUCUCGUUUGAUCCGCCUUUGAGAUGUUGCUUGUACGAUUUCUUUGUCCUAGAAUUCCGGGAACACAACGCGCAACUUGCCAUAAAACAUAGGUGAAAUAAAAAAAAACUAACCUAAAACAAAAUGACUUUAUUGAAAAAAAAAAACAAUUCUUUGACAAAGAAAUUGGAUCUAAGAGCUGCCAAAGAAUGAAUGACUUUUGAGUAAUGUACGUAAAUCGUACUGUUUUAGUUCCUAGCUUGUGUAAUAAAAUAUAUGUAGUGUAGUAAUACAACUGGUUAUUUUGAACAACGCGUGAAUUGAACAUAGAAAGUGUAACGUAAUACGAACGUUGUUACGCGUCAAUGGAUUUAAUAAAUUGAGAGUUUCCUGUCGUUAUUUUGAUUGGAUCUGACGAUACUUUUAGCAGAAGACAAAUC